AUGGAUCCUGAGAUUGUAAGGAUUCCUUUUGCGGACCCCGACCAGGGCAUAGUACUGAUCUAUCCGACCACCCUACUCCUGUGGGCGGCUGUGGAGGAGCUACUUGAAACUGGGACAGGGUUGGAGCUUCAUUUCUCCAGGGGUGGGCUCCCUCCUGAUGUCAAGUGGCUGCGGGACGCCUUAGGCCACUUCAUCCUACACGGCGAGAGCGGUGGCCCGCAGGAGAAGCUACGCUCUACCAUCGCCGAAUUCCGGGAAACUCUGAAGGAGGGAGGUGCCUCGCCUUAUGUGGCUUUCAAGAAGGUCGUCAGCACGACUGCCCUUGCACAGGAGAUGGACGCACGCCACGCCACCGGAGGCGGGCUCGACUUAUACAUGUCCAACAAGCUUUCCAACAAGGAGUUCUCUCGUGCCGAGCCCUCCGAUGCCUUGAAGGCUGAGGCGAUGGAGGCAGCUCGCCGACGCAAGGUGGACGAAAUCAAGAAGCUGAUGGCGAACAGUAAGAAGGAGGAGACCGGUGGAAGCCCAGCAUCCAAGGCCGAGCAGGUCGCCGGUGGAGUUGGCCAGGGACACGAGGGUGAGUUGCAGACGCCUGAGGAUGGCGAUGAGAUGGAGAUGGAUGGCAACACCAAAGCUGAGACCUAG